GAUCGACUAGUGGCUACUUUGGUCUCGAAUUGCAUUCUUUCUCAGAACAUGCUGGAAGUAAACGCUUCGAAAUUAGUGCGUCAGUAUAAUCACAGAAGUACGCUAAACUAGUGAAGUGGUCGCGUCUGCUCUGCCAUCCUUAAUUUGAUUUAGGCUUAGUUACCUCUAGGCGUACUUUUCUACGCUGCAGUCCGUGUAGUUUGUAAUGUGAUCGGGCUCGAGAUGUGUGAUCUGGCGGUUCUGACAGUGCGUCUGGUUCGGUCUUUCGAGCAUCGCAACUUUAAACCGGUGGUUUACAAAGACGUUAGUUUAGAUCAGACGGUGGAGGAGUUCAUUACAUGUGUUAAGCAAGAUGUUUCAACAAGAGCUGGAUUGCCUCCACCCUUUAAGAAGUUUGACUAUGACACAAUGAAAAUCAUACACCAGGCACAUGGAGCAAAGACGAAUGAGCUGGUAAUGAGUUUAGAGGAUGAUGAAAAGUUGAUUCUUCGUGAUGGCUGCAGGUUAGGAGCAUGUGGUGUUGCCAAUGAGACAGAACUUGCCUUCUUCAAAAUAGCAGAUUAUGAAAAGUUCAAGGCCAAUCCACAGACAGAAUGGUGAUGACAAUCAGGAUGCAACUCAAGAGGUCUUGGAGUAUUUAUUAUCAGAGGCACUUCUUUUCAGCUGUGACAAGCAAGUGAUCUCUUCAAGUUGGAUCGAAACAUCUAUUUUAAUUUCAUUUAUAGCUAUAAUUUUUAUAUUUAUUCUUACCAUUCAAAUACCUUCAGCAUAGUUUCUGAUGUACACGUUUGACAAACUUUGAAGGGAGAUGUUAUGUUGUCACAGAAUAAUGAUUUUCUUGGGUAUGAAUACUGUGAAUUUCUGUGCCAAACUGUGCAUUUUGAAUGCCAGUUAUUAGGUAUUUUAUUUACAACAACUCCGAUACCAGUUAUCUUGUUUUAUUUAAAUGACACCUUGGAAGUUGAUUGCGUUUUGUUAAAUAAAGUUGAAUGUAUAAAUCAUGCUUUCACAACACCAAAAAUAUUGAUUGACUGAAAGUUAAAUUCAAAACUUCUUUCCAGUACAACAUCCACAAUGACGACAGCCAAUCAGUCAGACCUGGAAAGUGAAACUAAAAAUGUAUUAACGUUUAGUAAACAUUUUUCAGAGCAACAUGUGCAGUCAUUGCAUACUGUACAAAUGGACCAUUUUGAUUUUGUAUUAUGUAUCGGUGUAAAUAACCCGACAUCCAAACAUUACUUUUAAACUUUUACAUAACAAUCAUUUCACACAUGCUUUGUUUAUAACAGUUUUCACUCAUAAAAUGCAAUUUUGGUCAUUAUUAGUGCUCAGUACUCAUGGAGUUUGCAAAUUGAGUUUACGCAGUAACUGGCCCUGAGGACGAUCAUCUGAGAUAUUGGCAUACUGUAGUAAUAAUACAAGGCACGUUAAGUCAUUUUAGUGCAAAGAAUUGUAAAACUUGAGCCAUGAGUUAAACACAUUUAUACCUCAGUACAUAUGACUUAAGCUGAAAGCUGUGUGAUACAGACCUGAGUUUUGAGUCUAUGCAUUGGUGUAUGACUCGGAUAUAAAAACAUAACACUAAUGAUGGCUUUUAUAUUCUAGUGAACAGAAAUAGAGCUGAAGGUCUUGAGGUACUUUGUACAU